AUUUUUGCAUUACUUUGUUUUAUCCCUAAGACAAGCUUUCUGGUCACUGGUGAUGCUGAAAAGACUUUGUCCUCCUAUAAAGGAAGAACUGCUGUGAAGUAUGGAAUUCCUGUGGUCUCGUUUGAUUUCAUUACUGAGUGCAUCAAGUCUGGAAAGCUUCUUGAUCCAGAGCCUUAUCUUCUGGCAGAAACAGUUGAGUCACAGAACUUUGGUUCUGGAAAAAUAGUUGAUAACAAACAAAGUUGUAAAAAGCCAACCAAAGUAGGAAAGAAACUGCAGCUGCCUGAUCUCAAUAAAAUAAGGUGGGAUACCAAAAAUUCCGUACAUGGCACUAUAUAGUCAUGUAUGCCACUACACCUCCAUAAAUGGCUGACUUUAUGUCAGGGGAGAAAAUGUAAACUGUCAAUGCUUAAAACAUUUUCAGGCAAAAUGGAACCUUGUUUUGAAUAGCAAUCCAUUUUUUUUUGUAAAGGAGUAAGUGCUGCUUGUUUGUUUGUUUUCUUUUCUUU